AUGUCGUCACCCUGCGCCCCUCGAAGCAUCCUCAUCCAAGAGCCCACGCCUGAGCUCUGUUCAUCGCCGCCGCCUACUUCCGCAGCAAGCGCCUGUUCAAGAAAGCCAAAGCGACCACCACCCAUCACACCUAAACGCUUUACACGCUUCUUCACUCCUCGACACUCCAAAGAUGUUUCAUCACGCACCUCCCUUACGAGCUCUGGCCGCCAAUUGCAGGACAUCACACGAUCAGCUCUCAACCGUAACCAGGCAACGCGGACUACGCCAAGGAAGACCGUCAACUUCGUCGACAUCGAGAACCACAUGCAAACCCCACAUAGCAGCCCACGUAAGAGGAAGCCAUACCUGUCGCCAGAAAGCUCUCCUGCCCUGUCAUCACCGUCGAAGCGAUCAAGAUACGUCACUCCGCCGGCAAUCGACAUACUCGACGAGUCUGAUUCAGAGGAGGUCUCCAUAUAUCCUGCACCUAUUCGAAGAUUAAGAACGUUAGGGGGACCAUCAAGAACACUGCAACGUUCAUUCGGUGGUAUUCUUGGUGUUGGUCGAGGGUUUCGGAGGGAUCAUUGCGCAUCAUGGCAGGAACAGACAGCAGAUUUCUACAGCGGCGCAGACGAUCUCCACCAGCUAUCACAGGGCGCUCCACCGUUUUGCACUGCAAGCUGCAAUACCAACUCUAUGCUUGCCAUCGGAGAUGAGGAUGGUAACAUCCAUCUACAAGAUUCCGAAGGUGACUUCUCGAAGCCCCAUCUCUCCUGGAAAGCUCAUUCGAAUGCCAUUAUGGAUGUGCAGUUCUCCUCGGACGACCUCUACCUGGCCGCAGGAUCUGGUGAUCAGACAGCUCAGAUUGUCGACGUUCGUACCCAACAGACGCUUUCAGUUCUUGCCAAGCACAAGUCAUCGGUGAAACAAGUACGAUUUCAGCCGGGCGACGACAAGAUUGUAGCAACAUCAAGUCGAGACGGGGCUGUGCAGAUUUGGGACCUUCGCUGCAAGGGAAACCAGGGGUCGAUACAUUCGGCCUGGGGAUCUGACGCCCCCUACGCCAGCGUCGUCCGCACCCUCGCUUCAGCACAUGCCGACAUCACUCUCCCGUCCGCGUCUUCCGCUAACAAGACCUCUACAAACAUUAAGACCGAAAACAUCGCCCGACGGAACGACAUCUCGGUCACAGCACUCUCGUUCAUGCCCGAGGGACGCCAACAUCUCCUCCUGACAGCUUCUGAUGCAUCGACGUGUGUCAAGCUCUGGGACAUCAGGGGGCGAUACUCACUGCGUGGACCAGCCAUCCCUAUUGCUACGACGCAACAUCCCGAAUCCCACAACCGCCAUCGACACUUUGCCAUUAACUCGCUUACCCUCAAUGGCGAUGCAUCACGGCUUUACGCACUGAGCAAAGACAAUACCGUCUACGCCUACUCGACAAGCCAUCUCAUUCUUGGCGUAGCACCGGAGCUAUCUACCACGUCCUUGUCGAAACAGAAGUACUGUGGUGUUGGUCAGGAAGGCCUAGGACCCAUCUAUGGGUUUCGCCACCGGAACUUCCAUGCUGGCUCAUUCUAUGUCAAGGCAUCGCUUCGCAAAGCAUUCGAAGAUCGAACUGAGAUGCUCGCUGUCGGCAGCACAGAUGGAUGUCCUGUGCUUUUCCCUACCGACGAGCUCUUCCUCAAGCGCGAAAUCAGACACCCAGACGACGAUGCAGAUGAUCUUCCUGACAUGAGUAUUGCCGGAAAGCCCCUGAGACCAUCUCUUACUCGUUCAUUCACAAACAGCCGCUGCCAGGAUACCAUUCCCAUCUACGAGCACGGCACGCCCCUCCUCCGGGGCCAUGAUGCAGAAGUCACCAGCGUAUCAUGGGCGCGCAAUGGCACUCUGAUUAGCGUAAGCGACGACUUCCGCAUUCGAAGGUGGAAAGAGGGAAGUGAGGCAAGGGAGUUGAGGAUUGGAGGCGAAAGUGAAGGAAAGCGAUGGCAGUGCGGGUGGGCCAGUGUUGGAGAUGAUUAUGAUGAUCAUGAUGAGUAG